CGGAGACAGCGGUCGGUUGCGGCAGGUUGUUCGUGUGUGGUCUGCUGUGGUCUGUUGGCUGUUGUUGUUGACCCACGAUGAAGAUCUCGGGUGUUGCCAUUGUUGGGCGGCAGAAUGAGCCGCUGUUGCUGCGCACAUCAGAGGCACAGCCACCCUGCGAGCCCAUCGAACACAUCAUCUACGCUGCACUGGAUGUCGUGGACGACCACGCGCUCUUGAGUGCGAAAAAGUCGACACCCGACGCUCUCAAGUUCUACUUGGGAGCACUGUAUCCGCUGGAGGACGGCAAAUGCUACGGAUACCUCGUCAACACCAAGAUCAAGUUCUUCAUCAUCACACAGAGCCAGGCGCACUCGGAUCAAGACGUACAAAGCAUUUUCCAACAGCUGCACAGCGAAUAUGUACGGAUGGCAUGCAGCCCUUUCUUCAAACAGGACGCUCCCAUCACGUCCGCGAAAUACGUCCGCUUUGUCGACUCGCUAUUGGCAUCUGGCAGCUGAUGCGUCGUUGCAUUGCUGUUUAUCCAUCCCUGUACUCUUGUGCAUGUUGCUUCAACUUCCACCUCCUUGCUUGCCUUCCCUCCCCUCGCCUCUGUUACGACUUGCCCUCAUUGUGAGUGCGUUUGCCGCCCAUCCUCCACCCCCACUGCACGCACAGCGGCUUAGUGUGUCCAUAGCUGGCCAUCCCACUCCCAUCAGCUUCACUAAAUAACGGAAAGCGGACACACGUAUCAUGUGACCAUGUGCAGAGUGAGUGUUUAAUG